AUGGGACGAGGAAAUGAUACACAAAUUUCAGAAUUUCUUCUUAUGGGUUUUUCAGAGACACCAGAAUUGCAGCCCCUCAUCUUUGGACUUUUCCUCUCCAUGUACCUGAUCACUGUGUUUGGAAACCUGCUUAUCUUCCUGGCCAUCAUCUCAGAUGUCCUCCUCCACACUCCCAUGUACUUUUUCCUCUCCAACCUGUCCUUUGCAGACAUCUGUUUCACUUCCACAACCAUCCCAAAGAUGCUGCUGAACAUUGAGAGAAAGAGAAAAGUCAUUACAUAUGCAGGUUGCAUCACCCAGAUGUACUUUUUCACGUUUUUUUCACUGUUAGAUGACUUUCUCCUGGCUGUGAUGGCCUAUGACCGGCUUGUGGCCAUCUGUCACCCCCUGCACUACACGGUCAUCAUGAGUCCCCUGCUCUGUGUGUUGCUGGUUCUGGUGUCUGUCAUCAUCAGUGCAGUGCAAUCCUUGGUACACACCUUACUGGUGCUGCGGCUGUCCUUCUGCACAGACUUGGAAAUCCCCCACUUUUUCUGUGAACUUAAUCAGGUGGUCCAUCUUGCCUGUUCUGAAACUUUUCUUAAUGACUUGGUGAUAUAUUUUGCAUCUGUGAUGUUGGGUGGAGGACCUCUUGCUGGUAUCCUUUACUCUUAUUGUAAGAUAGUUUCUUCCAUACGUGCAAUCUCAACAGCUCGAGGGAAGUAUAAAGCAUUUUCCACCUGUGCAUCUCACCUCUCAGUUGUCUCCCUAUUUUAUUGUACAAGCUUAGGAGUGUACUUUAGUUCUGCUGCUACGCACAACUCACAAUCAAGUGCUGCAGCCUCAGUGAUGUACACUGUGGUCACUCCCAUGCUGAACCCUUUUAUCUACAGUCUGAGGAAUAAAGACAUAAAGAGGGCUCUGAAAAGAUUCUUUGGUAGGAAACAAUAA